UUGGAAAAGAAAUUCAUCACCGACGACGUCAAAAGCGCGCCGCAUUUCAGAAUUAAUUUGUGCGCUAAUUUUAUUUAGAAACGCAUCGUAAAGCGUGAGAGCAAUUGAAGCUGGCACGGAGAGAACGUGCUCGUCGUCGUUACAGCUACAGGCAGGUCGCCCUACCGAGUCGCCUUAGUGUUGUGGUGCGCGUUAGUAUCCAGCUAGUGUCCUGUCAGGUGCGUUCGUUCGUCUUCCCGUUGCGGUGUAAAAUCCGGAGCACAACACACCUGCUGCUGCUGCUGCUUCUACUAGCGAGCAAUCGUCGUGGGCCCCAGCCAACGCGAACAACCGUGUGUGUGUGUGUGUGGGUACGUUGCAGUGCGUUCGCGUGUGGGUGUGUGUGUCUCGGUGUGUGUGUGUAUGUGCCACCCGUGCAGGGUGUGCAGCGAGUGGUAGAACCAAGUACCAAGUCUCGUUCUGCCUGUUCUGUGAAGAGUAGAGAAUAGUGUGUCUGUGUGUCCGUGUGGUGGAAGUGAAAUUGGUUCGGUAGCAACGGCAGCGGCAGUGCGACGACGGGUGCGUUACGGGCGCAGGCGUUACUGCGCGUUACUCUAGCCCAUUCCAUUACUGUUUCCCGCGUGCCGUGUGCGCUAAGUGUGUGUUGCGCCGUGCAAGCGUGCUGAGUGCUGAGUGAGCUGAGCGCUAAGCUUUCCCGUGUUUGCUCGAGACACAAGCGGGACCGGACGCGGCAAGAUGGCGGACGACGAUAACACGCUGGAGGAGAUCCCGGAGGCGGAGAACAAGAUGGCGCUACGCAACCGCGGGCGCAAGGGUGCGCUCAAGAAGAAGAACGUUUAUAAUGUCAAGGAUCAUCGCUUCAUACCGCGCUUCUUCAAGCAGCCGACGUUCUGCUCCCACUGCAAGGAUUUCAUUUGGGGCUUUGGCAAGCAAGGAUUCCAAUGUCAAGUUUGUUCCUUUGUCGUUCACAAACGAUGCCACGAGUACGUUACCUUCAAGUGUCCGGGUGCGGAUAAGGGAGCAGAUUCCGAUGACACCCGUACCAAGCAUGAGUUUAAAGAGUGGACCUAUUCGAGUCCAACGUUUUGCGAUCACUGUGGUUCGCUGUUGUACGGUUUGAUCCACCAGGGGCUUAAGUGUACAGCAUGUGAUAUGAACGUACACAAACGGUGCGAGGAGAGCGUACCGAACCUCUGCGGAUGUGAUCAUACCGAGCGCCGGGGGCGCAUCCAGCUGACGAUCACGUAUGCGGCGGGCAAGCUCAACAUUGAAGUGAAACAGGGCCGCAACCUUAUUCCGAUGGAUCCGAACGGUUCCAGCGAUCCGUACGUCAAGAUCAAACUGAUCCCGGACGCGGACAACGUGAAGAAGAAAACCAAAACCAUCCGGGCCUCGCUCAAUCCGGUGUGGAACGAAACUCUGAUAUUCGAUCUCAAGCCGGAAGAUAAGGACCGUCGCCUGCUGAUCGAGGUGUGGGACUGGGAUCGUACCUCGCGGAACGAUUUCAUGGGCUCGCUUUCGUUCGGCAUCUCGGAAAUCCUCAAGAACCCGGUCGAUGGGUGGUUCAAGCUGCUCACGCAGGAGGAGGGCGAGUACUACAACGUACCAGUGCCGGAGGAGGGUGCCGAUCUGGUGCAGCUCAAGAGCCAAAUGAGGAAAACAUCCAUCACGAAGAAGAUCCCGAUGAUGGGCGACAAGGACGUGCCGCAUAACAUGACGAAGAAGGACGUCAUCCGGGCGACCGACUUCAACUUCCUGAUGGUACUGGGCAAGGGUUCGUUCGGCAAGGUGAUGCUGGCGGAGCGCAAGGGCACGGACGAGCUGUACGCGAUCAAGAUCCUGAAGAAGGACAUCAUCAUCCAGGACGAUGACGUCGAGUGCACGAUGGUGGAGAAGCGCGUCCUGGCCCUGUCCAGCAAGCCGCCGUUCCUGGUGCAGCUGCACUCUUGCUUCCAAACCAUGGAUCGUCUGUACUUUGUCAUGGAAUACGUCAACGGUGGUGAUCUCAUGUUCCAAAUUCAGCAGUGUGGCAAAUUUAAGGAACCGGUCGCUGUGUUCUACGCGUCGGAGAUUGCUAUCGGGUUGUUUUAUUUGCACGCGCGGGGCAUCGUGUACCGCGAUCUGAAGCUGGACAACGUGCUGCUGGACAUGGACGGGCACAUUAAGAUAGCCGAUUUCGGCAUGUGCAAGGAGGGCAUCCUGGGCGACAAGACGACGAAAACGUUCUGCGGCACACCGGACUACAUUGCGCCGGAGAUCAUUUUGUACCAACCGUACGGCAAGUCGGUCGACUGGUGGGCCUACGGUGUGCUGCUGUACGAGAUGCUGGUCGGUCAGCCCCCGUUCGAUGGGGAGGACGAGGAGGAGCUGUUUGCCGCCAUCACGGACCAUAACGUGUCGUACCCGAAGAGCUUGAGCAAGGAAGCCAAGGACGUCUGCAAGGGGCUGCUCACCAAAAACCCGCAGAAACGCUUGGGCUGUGGAGCUCGCGGCGAGGAGGACGUUCGUGCGCACGCCUUCUUCCGCCGUAUCGAUUGGGAAAAGAUUGAGAACCGUGAGGUGCAGCCACCGUUCAAGCCAAAGAUUAAACAUCGCAAGGACGUGUCGAACUUCGAUCGACAGUUCACGUCGGAGAAGACCGAUCUUACCCCGACAGACAAGCUGUUCAUGAUGAACCUGGACCAGACGGAGUUCAACGGCUUCUCGUAUCUUAAUCCCGAGUUUGUGCAGUACGUCUAAGGCGGCUCGGGGUCGGGAAUGUGAACGCCCAAAGGAUGUCCCUCCGCCGUGGCGUCGUUCUUCCCGUGUCAUUUUAGAUUGCAAUUUCCCCUUAAAGCACCAGUGCAGUUCUUCUAUCCUCCCACGUCGCAGGGCAUGCUCAUGCCUGCCAAGCUGGCGUUGUUUUGUUGAUCGUUUUUUAAUGUUUGUUUUAAUUUAUCCAAUUAUCUGUUAUUGUUUCGCGCGUGCACUCGCCCAAAGAGAUUCGUUAUGUUCUUAAGUAGUCAUUGUUUAUACGCCGGUGAAAAAAACCGCAAUGGAAAAGGGGAAGAUGAGUGGAUUGCGUUCCGCUUUUACCAGUUUUGCCAGUAUGUGUGCUUGCCACCCGAAAAAGUUCCAUUUUGAAAGCGAAGCUGCUUCAUCGGUGAGUGUUCUGUAUAAUGCCAUAAUGCUCUCUCGCACACCCACACCCACUCUGCCAUUCUCUGUGCAGUCUUCCCGUGUGCGCGUGGGUUCGUUUUCUGUUGUUAUGUUAGUAAGUGUGCGAAAGGGUUGGUAGCAGGCAGUAAGGAAAGGCGUUUUUGAGUUUUUCGUUUGUACUUUGUUUUUAAAUGGAAAAUCCUUGCCUAUAUAAAAGUCAUUCUCUUCGGAAAGCAAGAAAAGCCUGUACUUCAAGAGCGUUUUUAAGAAAACACACACCCACAAAAAAAUCCAUACUCUCGUAUAAUUCCUGUACAUGUUUAGCUAGUAAAACUAAAAAAAGCAAAGCUACCAAGGCACGCGAGGAUUUGUCGCGCAUGUUAGCGAUCCAUCUGAACCGGCUUGGUUGUUUUGUUGCGCGCGCGCGCGCAUGUGUGUGUGGGAGAACAAAACAAAAAAAACGGGAAUCUAAUUGCCAAAACAAAACACUUUUAUCUACUAAAUACCACUUUUACACUCAUUACCGUGUUCCCAGCCGCCCGCUCAGGGACUGCCGGUGUUCGGUUGCGGUGUUUCGGGGCGCCACGUGCUUUGCUGGUGCGCAACGUAAUGCAGCGCAACGAGCGCAGCAGCCUGUGCGGUGUUCCAGUUGGUUGCACGCUUUAAAACAUCUGCACCUUGUUAAAAUCUACACACUUUUAUACUAUAUAAGCAUUUAACGAUAGUGCGUGCGUGCGCAUAACGGGCUCAUUAAUAGCGAGUGGCAGGUUAAAUUUUUCCCCAAUUGCGUUACUCUCACGUGAGCGCGGCGAAGCGUGCGCGUUUUUCUAAUUGAUCUGUUGCGUGUCCGUUUGUUUACGCUGGGUGUGUUGGGUGCAACGUUCAAUCAGUUUUCUCCGUUUGCGUUUUAUUUCAGCAACAAAAUUUAGAUAAAAAGAGACAACUAUUUUUCCGUGCGAAGAGGAACGUGUAGUAGAACAGUACAUACACAAGUAAUACAUUAACUAGCAAGCAAACAACCAGUAAAAUGCUCCAUUUGGCUGUGUGCACUGAUCAUGUUUUAAAUGGCCCGGGGCGCUCGGCUUCGGGUCAAGACUUUAGAGGGCCCUAUUUACUCAGCAGUUUCACACAACUUCCCCCAUCCCCCCCACAUCGUACUGGACGAGUAGAAUUGCAUACAUAAAACACACACACACUCUCUCUUUCACACUCUAUUUAUGAAGGGGGGCUUUUGGGUUUUCUAGAUAAAUAAUGGAAGAAAAAACCAAACCUCUACACAACUAGAAUAAUGGCACCUGAACUUUGCUGCUGGAAGGUAAACAGAGAUGGACGAAGCAGGAGAUUAGCAAACACAAUAUACAAUUAACCAUUUAAAGUAAUAAACAAACAAAAAAAAAAACAGCAACACGUAAGACAGGAUCAAACCAUGUGUAGGUCUCGUGUGUACUAAGAAAACACCACUUUUUCAACUAUAUAGAGCGUUAAAGGAAAACCAAAUGAAGCAAAGCUAUUUGUGGCGUGUGUGUGUGUAUGUGUGUGGAGAGAGAUUUAAUUAAGGAAAGAGUAUGCACCAUUCGUUUCACAUUCGACACGCGCGACAAGCGGUGCAUCCUUCUGCGUUGUGUAGAUCGGACGGGUUGGGUCAGGUCUUGACCCGGAAAGGUAUAACUUACGUGCCACAGAACAACACAAUCAUUCAGCAUUAAAAGUAAAGACAGCAAGCACCAAACCAAAACAGAACAUCAGUGCACGCGUUCGCGAUUAAUCGGUAGAAAUUGUCGAAUAUAUACACACAAACACACACGCGCAUACUCGUUUUAGUAGCAAUAAUAGAGAUAACAAGUAUAAUAAUCGUAAUGACAGAGCAAGAGAGAGAGAGAGAGAGAGAGAGAGAGAGAGAGAGAGAGAGAGAGAGACGGGAAAGAUCUAUUAACAAUCUGACGGAAGGGGAAAAGGAAACCUAGCUUCAACACCUGCACCUUAACCUGAUAGCUCACAGAGCAAAGACGGAUGCAACCACACUCUGCAGCUACAAAGCAGACACCUUUCAUGAACAAAGCAAAAGAAAUCUCAUUUCCACUUACACACCCGCAAAAGGAAAACACAAACAUCUCGCUGUCUCUCGAAACCUGUUUAUGAACAACCAAAAGGAGCUUUAAUCUUGCACUUUACUGAUGUAUUUAUAUAUGUAUCGAAUAAUGCAACAAACAAAACAAAAACAAAAAAACAAUGUGAGGUAAAAUAAAGGGAGAAAACUAGCAAAGACAGUGAACGGUGGGCGAUAUAUUUCCAGCAGGAAUAAAACCACAUUAUAUGACUUAUACUAAUGUAAUGGAAUGAAGAAGAGAGAGAGAAAGAGAAAAACACACAACAAACAAUACACAUAACAUUAUUGAUAGAGUAAACACGCAUUUGCAAAAGAGCAUACAUCGCACCCGGUAGAUCAAGAAAGCCGGAGUACAAUUCACUAUCACACAACACUUUCUUACACACGAGAAGGAGAAGAAAACACUAUGGAAAGUGAAAACACAACUCAUAGUGACAAUGGCAAUUCACAACAACACAAUGGAGGUACCGAGUGAGCCCAAUCUUACAGCGAGACCUAUUUAUUGUGCUUUGCAAAACUCUAAUUGUCUUGUGCAAGUGAACGUGAAAACCAAAAGGUACAUCAUACACCAGCAAAAAGAAGCAAUUUAAUCACACAAUAUAGAAGAAGAAAGAAACACAACCAAAAACACACACUCAUUAAAUGCAAAAUAGAAUACACAAGAUAGAGAAAAAAAAACAGCGCAAUCGUACACUCUUCUAUAGCGGAUAUGUGAGAUAUGUGGAGAAACAAAAAGUAGAUAACCGAUUUCAAACAAGAAAAAGGAAUGCAAGGGAUGGGUACUGCAGAGAGAGGAAGCUAGAGCAGAAGAACGUUGGAAGAUCUAGUAGAUCAUAUCAGAUACACAGCAAGGAAAAGCUAUAGAUAUAGGCACUGUCUCUUCUAGAAGUAGAGCAAAGAAUGCGUCAAAUGAUAGUGAAAUCCGCAUUAUUGGAUGUGAUUUGAUUGGUUUGGAAUGGAUGAAGAGGAAAAUCGUUCAAAGCGAAUGUAAACGAAAAUGACAAUCUAUAUAAACGUUAUAACAAGAGAGAAACAAACACUAUUAAGACGAAGUGAGCAAUGUGGUAGAGAUGAAAACAGAACAGAAUAGUAGAAAUGUGACUCAACACAUCAAGUAACACACGAAGUAAAUGGCGUAAACGAAUAGUAGAAAUCAGACAAACACAAACACACAAAACAGACACAUCACACGGGGCAAGUAUCAUGCACGAUCGGUGUUAGGCACCGGUAUUCUACCACAUCCUCUAAGCCUGAGAUCUUGCGAAGCAAAAUUGGGGUAUUGAGAUGGAGAUGUGCAUGGUUUCCUACUCGACACAGACACACACACACACACACACACACAUACUCUUUCCACUCUGUAUAGUCUGUAAACAUUCCAGCGUACUGUCUAAAGAGCCGACAUGCCGAAAGCGGCGAAAAGUGGUGUAGCCCAACGAGGGAAAGGAAUUGAGUGCCAGUGAGUGUGAGUGUGCGCCAGUAGUGAGCAGGAUUAGUGAGAGCCAACAACCGCGUGGUAGAGGUGGUAGAAUUUUUACUUUCGAAUCACAAUUAUUCCAUGGCGUGAUUUUACUUUGUACGUGAAAGCAAUCGGAUGUCAAUGUCACUACUAAUUGUGGUUUUAGUUUUUAGUCGAUGCAAAUGCCCUUGUUAGUUUAUACCGCACUAAGGCGCCGUAUGCAUUGAAGAACAACAGUACAUGACUUAAGCGUAACUUUGUUUGAGGAGGGAAGGAGUUGCGAGUGGAGUAAAGAGGACGAGUAUGCUGUAAACGUAUCCUAAGGAAUCGCCAAAUCUUGGAUUCAACGCUAUUAUUAAAGGGUCGCAUCGAGGACCUGUUCUUAAACGCCUAUAUGAAACUUAUACAGAUUUUAAACUAAUCGAACCAUUAUGUUUAAGGCUAACACCGUGGUGAAACCGUGAACCACAUACACUGUGAGCAAUGUGAGCAAGCAUUCACUAGAAUCUAUGUACUAUGAGCUAUUGUUAAGGGUUUGCAUUAUCAUUAUUAGUCCUAUGUCAUAUCGAGCGGUUACGUUUUUAGAUUAUUUUUAUCAUUUUGUUGUUGUAAGGCGAUAUUAUUCCAGUCCAAACACCGUUGAAAUUGAAAAUUAUCUCUGUGUCUGCGUGCGAAUGAGGUGUUAAAGGAAGGGUACGAAAAGAGCUCUAUUGUAAUGAAAAUACCAAAACAUAAAUGACAGAUGGGACAUAAGUGCGCGACAUAAAAUACAAAGCAAAUAAAGAGAGAAAAAAAACAUAACACAAAAACAAUAAACACACGCUCUAGUGUAGAGUUAAACUGUAUUUAAAGCAAAAGAGAAAAACAAAACAGCAUGCAAACCUGAUAGGAAAACGUCUUACCAAAGCAAGCUGGACAGGCAAGACCGGAUCAACACAAUAAUACACGGAACAAUAUCUGGCGGACGUUUUGUUUUGUUUUCCCCAGUGCAUGGAAACAAUCAUCAACACGGGUUGAGGACGGGUCGAUGAAUGCAUUACGGAUGAGGGUCGACAGGAAGGACAAAACCCAUUUCAACUCUAACUAGCGACUACAAAUAUACAGUAUACACCAUUACGCUCUUACAAAGCAGAAACCCCACCGUGUGGUUUUGUUGACAGUUUGACAGUUGCCUACACGCUGAUACUAACCCCUACAGUACGAACUAAAGAGCGAGAGCGAGAGAGAAAGGAAAGCCUUCUCUCACGCGUGUUCUUUUAUCUCCCCUCUCCCCCCUACCACUUAGCCAGGUUUCUCUGAGCUGAACUCAGAACUUUCCACUCCACUAGUGUUUGCUUCGUUUUCAUCCCCCCCACCAGUUAGAUUAGUUAGCUGAGCGAACUAGCGAGCUGCUAGAGAGGACAGACAUACUACAGAUACGUUUUUGAAUUACAUCCCACCCCAAUUCUUCCCACCAAUACACCGCCCCCUGACCCUUUCCAUCAGGUGCGGUUAGAGCGAAGAGAAAUGCCAGUAAACAUGAUUAAAAAAGUAAAAAAAAACGAGACGAAGCAAAAACUGAUGUUAAAACUAAUAAAAAUACUAUUAAACAAAGUGAAACUUAAAAACGAGCAAACAGAGGGUGUUUACACCCGGUUAAAGCGAGACGUGUUAAAAGUGUGUACGAAAGGAGCAAGAGCCGCUACCGAAUCAACCAAGACAAGACAGCAAAACUAGCGCGAGUCAGAAAGACGGAACAGAACAAAAAGAAGAACAGAACAGAGAGAAGAAGCGAAGAAUUAUGGUAAAUGCAGGAUACAAUUUCUAUUUCACCACUGCCUUAAUUUUUAACAAAUCUCUAUAGCAAAUCGUAUCGUAUCGUACGACAGGGACAUGGGGCAUUGGACGGAAACGGGCUUGUCGUUGGUGAAGAUCGAACGCAAAGCGGGAAAGGAAAGAACAAGCUAAUUGGCUAACACAUGGAUCGCACUGCAACGGACACUAAUAGGGAAGGGUAAGGCUCUUGAAGGAAAAACAAAGCAACAACAGAAGAACAUAACAUCCCCGUGAGAACAGACUUUAGAAAAAGAGAUAAAAGAAAGAGCGAAAGAGAAGAUGACAUAUGACAAAGAGACAUAUAUAAAAAUGAAAGCAAAAGAGAGAGAUAUAAAAAUGAAAACCAACCUAAAAGUGAGAUCAACCAUAAAGUCAAACACGUAUAGCGAUAUCGUAACAAUGACAAAGUAACUAAGUAAGCGGAAGAGAAAGAGCAAACACGCGAUGAAAGAGGGAAAUAAAUGAAACAGUACGAAAUCCGUAUAACAUAUAUAUAUUUCAUCGAUUGAUGCACUCUUUCGAAAAAAAAACAAAACAAAAAGACGUCUUCUUCCUCUAGCUCUAUUUCCCUUUUAAUGAAAAUGACAAAUAAAGUAACUCAAGAAGAAGAAGAAGAAAAAGACUCAAAGGAAGAAGCAAACAAAAAUACACUAACACGAGACAUCUGGCAAGUAGCAAGAAGCAAACGGACGAGAUUUUCCCCGUUGCCAUCUUUAAUCGAGUCUUAUUAGAAUGAAGCUGAACCCACACACAUACACACAAAAAAAAAGAAACACAUCUGGAUGUUGAUAUUGUAAGGGAAAUUUUAUGAAUAAACUUCCUCUCGAUCACACACAGUCACCAUCAAAUGGGUAGCAAAGAACAAAAAAAAAGCAAAAAAUAUGAAACGCACCACUCACACGUGACGAUACAUUUGAAACACAUGAACCAAAAUUUACCUUUUUAUGUGUAUCACGAAAUUUUCGACAUAGAAUUACACGCACGGUUGUAUGCGGUCGGUUGGGAGCAAGCGACGAACGUACGACGCACGUUAGCUGAUGGGAAGAGGUUGGACAGAAGGCAAGAGAAGGAACACUUGGGGCAGCGAUAAGGUUGUGGAAGCGAACCGGUGUGUGUGUGGAAGAGUGAGUGCAGGAGGGGUUUAACAAAUAGUACACACAAACACUUAAACACACAGACACAGAUACACAGUCAGAGGCGAAACGCAUAUUAUUACGAACCUUUCAGUGUUUCUGUUUCCAUACAAUUCAAAACACUUCUCAUUGUUGUGAUUCGAUUUUGAAGCUAAUAUAGAGUGCUACAUCAAGCUGUAUAAGGAUAUAAAGAGAGUAAAAACAAAGAAAACGAAUGAAAAAUUAUCA